AUGUUUUCAGCAUUCAAAUACUGUGCAAAAGACUAUUUGUAUGAGAAUGUAGUUAGAAAAAAGUUUUACCAAGAUGCAUUAUUGCUUCGAAUGCCUUCAUGUUUCUAUGAAGAUGAAAAUUAUACAGGAGUUACUGACAAUAAAUGUAGAAGGUCACAGACAAAAGCCUCAGCUGUUUCUGUUCCACGAAUGACAGAUACCCUAGUAUCAGAUCAGUUGAAAGCAACUUCCUUUGUGGAGGAUUUCCUUGAGAAGGAUACAAUUACAGGAAUGGAGAUUCAGGUUAAUGGUGAGUUUGAAGAAAUUGUCCCAAGUUCAAACCCAAACUCCCAAACUGAAGUAGAGGAAGGCUUAUAUAUUCACAAGGACUACAGUGAAGUCUUUACAGUUGACAAUUACUUGGAAGACUGUCCAGCACUUCAGGCGCAGAACCAAGAUUUAUAUAUUGAUAAUGAAGAAGUAACUUUUGCAAAUGAUUUGAUGACUGAUAAAAGUCAACUACCAAUUUUAAACACUCCAGUUUUGAUAAAGGACCCCCUUUUAGACUGCAAAGAAGCUAAUUUUCCCAGUUAUGUUUUUAUUGACUGUUAUAUAAGUUGCUAUUUAAUAAAUAUUAAUUGUUUGGGUUUUGUUUUAAGGAAAUGUUUCUCUUUUCAAGAAGAUUUAGAAAUUUCUGUGAAAGAAGAUUUUUAUAUGGAUAAAGAGAAUAUUUAUCAGGAGAAACUGGAAGACCCAGUAGGUUUGAGUGAGGUUGUAACAUUUGCUUUCAAUAAUAGCUUUAUAAAACCAUCAACUUUUCCUUCUGAGUUUGAAUUAAUACCUACAAACCUCAAACAAGAACCAAAGGAAUCAUUAAACUUAAUUCCAGAAAUAAAUUGUGUAGAUGAAAAUGAAAAUAUUUUCAAAGGAGAUCUUCCUCUCGAGCAUGGAAUUGCUAUUGAGUAUAUAAAAUGCAGCUCCACUGAGAUUUUAACUAUUCAAAGCCAGAGUAAACCAGAAUGCAGUGAACCAGUUUUUCUGUAUAAAAGACUUCAGACAUUUCCAUUUUCUUCUGUUUGUAAAAUUAGCUUGCUUACUGCUGAAGAAUCAGCUAAUAAAUACUGUGUGAUGUGGCAGUUAGAAAGCUGCAGAAGUUCCUUGAACUUACUUUUGCUCUCAGUGACAAGAAUUCAAGAGCUCAAUAGCCAGUGUUCAGCUACAGAUCUGAAGAAGAUACUUUGUGUUCAAGAAAAAAGGUUUGUGCUUAAUUCUGUAAACGCAAAGUGGUGCGAAAAAGCAGGACUAAAUCCAGUAACAAGAGAAACUUCAGGAUGCCUAAAUACAUCUUUAUGUCAUGAUCAUCUAUCUUCUAAUGAUACUAAAAUGGAGAUGCUUUUGCCUACAAAAGUACUUCAGUUGGAAUCUUGUCUAGAACAUAAAAGUUGUUCUUCAUCUGUCGUACUUAUUAAUGAGAAAUCCACACAUGAUCAUGUACCAGUUCCACAAGGGAGUCCGCCAGUGGCAGAAGAAGUAGCAGAUACGUGUUUAUCUGAUGAAUGUGUUUCUGCUGAAAGACCAAAAAAUGAAGAAAAACUAAAGAAUGAUCAAGAAAUAGUUGAUAAAAUAAACCUAAAGGAAGAAACUAAAGAUCACUUUGAACUUGAUUACACAGUAUCAUUUAUUGAAUCAUCUCCCUCUUCAGGAAUUAAAAAAACAUGUUUCAAACAUAGUAAAAAACAGGAGAAUGAUUUAGAUCUUUUGAGUGACUUCAUUAUGCUGCGAAAUAAAUAUAAGACUUGCGCUUCAGAGACUGAAGUUACAGCCCAAGAUAAAAGAGAUGAUCAAGAAGAAUUGACUCAUAAAGAAGAAAGUCCUGUUGUUUUUACUAACAAAACUCCAGAGAAAACGAAUCAAGAAAGGGGAGCAGAUAACAUCACUGAAAUUCAAGCAACAGAUAGUCAGUGCCAAGCAUACUGUUUCCUAGGAGCAUCAGCUGCUCCUGUCUUAAAGAAGCUUGUAUGCCUCUGUACUCUGCCUGCUGCUAAUUGGAAAUUUGCCACUGUUACUUUUGACCAAACGAGAUUUUUCUUAAAGGAACAAGAAAAAUUAAUCAAUGAUGCUAUUCACCAAGGUAUAAAUAAUGAAAAAGAAAUGACAUUCAAGUAUGCUGGCCUUUUACACCUUCUAGUAACGAUUAGAGAUGUUCUCGUAACAUGCAACUUAGACACAGCGUUGGGAUAUUUGUCAAGUGCAAAAGAUGUCUACAGAGGCAUUUUAGGCUCCUAUUUGGAUGACAUUUGGAGACAGCUGACGAUUGUACAGUUUAUUAAGAGAAAACAACCUGAAACCAAUCAUAAAAUACAAGAAUUGCAACAUCAGAUACUAAGUUGGAUGCAAAGUCAAGAGCAAAUUAAGGUGCUGGUUAUAAUAAGAAUGGAGUCAGAUGGUGAAAAACAUUUACUCAUUAAAACUCUUAAGAAAAUAGAAGGUUUAACCCUGACAGUCUUUCAUUCAAGUAAAAGAAAAGAUUUUCUGGAACCUAAAGGUGUUUUAAAUGGUACCAGUUCCUGUGUUAUUGUACAUAAUCAAAAUAUUGGAGCAGAGUUUCCCUGGAGUACUUUUUCAUUUGUGGUGGAAUACAAUUAUGUAGAACACUCUUGUUGGACUAAACACUGCGAAAAAUUGAAUAUUCCUUACAUGGCCCUUAAAGUGACUCUUCCAGACUCAGUUUUAAAAAGAAGCAUCUCGCUGGAUAGAUUUGGUGGUUUUCUUUUGGAAAUCCAGAUUCCGUAUGUGUUUUUUGCAUCUGAAGGACUUCUUAAUACUCCAGAAAUACUUAAGCUGCUAGAAUCUAACUAUAACAUCACACUCGUGGAGAGAUGCUGCAGCCACUCACUGAAACUCUUUGGAAGUACGGAGUACUACGUAGUGCUGACAAUUGAUGAAUGCACUACUGUAAUUUUGCAGGACCUAGAAGAAUUGAAUUGUGAGAAAGCAUCAGACAAUAUAGUUAUGAGACUGAUGGCAUUAUCAUUCCAGUACAGCCAUUGUUGGAUGAUAUUAUACGCCAAAGAAACAUUGAAUUCAGUGUACCCUCUUACAGAAAAGACACUUCAUCACCUAGCGCUGAUAUAUGCGGCUUUGGUCUCCUCUGGGAUUAAAUCUGAAGAACUCGAUGUCAAGCUUAUGAUCGCCUCAGGAGUGGAAGAGACUGUACUGCUAAUUCGACAAAUUGCUGACCAUAAUUUAAUGACCUCAAAGAGAGACCCUCAUGAAUGGUUGGAUAAAUCCUGGCUUGACAUUUCACUCUCAAAGGAAGAAAUGUACUUACUUGAUUUUCCAUGUAUUAACCCAUUGGUGGCUCAGCUCAUGUUAAAUAAAGGACUUUCUUUGAAUCAGCUGUUAUUAGCAACUUCCUGUCAACUUCAGGAACUCUUACCUGAAGUUCCAGAAAAAGUAUUGAAGCAUUUUUGUAGCAUCACUUCUUUAUUCAAGAUUAGUUCUUCCUCCAUCACAAAAUCACCUCAAAUUUUAUCACCUCGGGAAGAAAAGAAUCAGACUCAUACCUUUAUUUCUCAGAGUUUUGGCUCUUCAGACUCUGUCAUUCAAGAAAAUAAUGACUAUUACUCAUACUCAGACAUAGGAGAAACAGAACAGGAAAACACAAACACCACUGCAAAUUAUAACUCUUCUUUCAUGGAACUAGGAAAAAUGCAGAGCAUGUUACCAUCUAUGUCUUCUUACAAUCAGACCAACUAUCAGAAAGACUCCUAUUGUAGCCCUAACAUAGCGCAGAACAGUCCUUUUUUAAUUAAUAUGAAAUCAAAGAAAGCAGCUUGUAACUCUUUUCCAAGCCAGAAUGAUUCAGAGUCAGAUGUUUUUUCUUUGGGCCUAGCACAAAUAAAUUGUGAAACCAUAAGAUCACCAGCUGACACUCAGAGAAGAACUGGCCCAAAUUUUAUAAAUUACCAGAAAAAGGGAGCACAUGAAGCAAAAAGAAUUACAAAUAAACAAGUAUCUGCUCCUGUUUUUUCACUAGAAGGUUCUCAAUCGCCUAUUUAUUGGAACUUUACGGAAAAUGUAUGUGGAAAACAGAAUCACUCACUCAACUUAAAAUAUGGAGUGGAGCAGACUACCAAUGACAAAUGGUACUCUCAGACAGAUAGUUUGUUCACUAAUCAGCAAACAUAUUCAUCACGUGAAUUAGAAGGCUUCACGAAUGAAAGUUCAAAUGAUAAGACUAAAAAGACUGUCUGGGGAGAACUACCAUCUGCUCCCAGUUUGGAUUUAUUCUGUGCUUCUGAUUGUGAUGCAAAUAAAAAAGAAUUAGACAGCUUUUAUUUCUACCAAAGAGCUGAAAAAUGUUUAGGACAGAAGAGGCACCCUGAAUCUGCAUCCAACUCGGGAGACAACGAACCAUUAACAGGCGCAAUGUGCUCACAACUACCACAACUCAAAAAACGACGUCUAAUGUAUGAAAAAGUCCCUGGAAGAGCUGAUGGACAAACUCGGCUAAGAUUUGUUUGAAAGAGGGAAAGAAUAACAUUUUAUGCCAUAUUCACUGCUUUUCACAAUAAUCCAG